AUGCCUCCGACUCCACAGCAGCCUUCCGGGCACUCGGAGGGGCCCGCGGCGACCGAGGCGGCCCUGUGGCUCUCGCUGCCCUGGCCCUGCAUUCCGAUCAUGCUGGCCUUGGCCUCCCUGACCGCCUUCUUCCUGGUGACCACAGCCGUGCUGGCCGAACGCCUGUUCCGCCGCUCGCUCCGCCCAGACCCCGGCCACCGCGCGCCCACCCUGGUGUGGCGCCCGGGAGGAGAGCUGUGGAUCGAACCCCCGAGCUCGGCGCGAGAGCGCUCCGAGGACUGGUACGGCUCCGCGGUUCCGCUGCUGGCCGAGCGCGCGCCCGACCCGCCCACCCCGCGGGGCACCCUGGAGGCGCGAGCCACCGCGCCGCCUGCACCUGCGCCUGCGCCUGCGCCUGCGCCUGCGGCCCCGAACUCUGCUCCCAGCUCCUUGGUACCCACGGCUUCAUCUGCGGGUCCAGGCGGCAGCACUUUCUGGGGGCCCCAUCCGUGGGAGGAGAGACCCUGCCCCGCAGGCCUGGUGAGCUGGGCGGAGCCUGAACCGAGGCCGGGGGCCGGAAGGCAGUGUGGCAGCCCCCCGCCCUGGAGGCCGCGUCCCGGGAGCCCAGAACCGGACUGGGGCCUCCAGCCUCGGGUCACCCUGGAACAGAUCUCAGCUUUCUGGAGGCGAGAGGGCCGGACCAGUGUGGGGCUCUGAACCCCAGGGACUGGCCUCCCCGGGACCCUGCCUCAGAGGUACCCCAAGAGCCAAGGCUCCAGCUUGGGGGGGGGCAAUCCUAACCCUGCUUCAGGGACUUUUAAGCUGAGGUCCCAGUUGCCCUGGGUCUGGGUGGUGGCAGCCUCAGCUGCUCUGGCUGUAGGUCCAAGGGCUGGAGAUGGGGCUGGCUCUGGGCCACAUGACAUCCGGAUUAGGAAUUCCAGGUGGGGCCAGUGCUAUGUUGUGGGUAAAGCUGCCGCCUGCAGUGCUGGCAUCCUCUUUGGGUGCCGAUUCGAGUCUUGGCUGCUCCACUUCUGAUCCGGCUCUCUGCUGUGGCCUGGGAAAGCAGUGGAAGAUGGCCCAAGUCCUUGGGCCCCCGCACCCACCUGGGAGACCUGGAAGAAGCUCCUGGCUUUGGAUUGGCCUAGGCUCUGGCCGUUGUGGCCGUUUGGGAAGUGAACCAGUGGUUGGAAGACUUACUCUCUCCCUGCCUCUGCCUCUCUGUAACUCUGCCUGUCAAAUAAAUCAUAAGAGAGAGAGAGAGAAUCCAGGUACAGACGUGCAGGAAAGAGCACCCACUCAGUGACUGGGCCUUUGGCCAGUGUGUGCCCGGGAAGCCAGCAGCAGAGCAAAGCAGUUCCGCGGAUGCUGCAGGACUGGGGUCCUCAGGAGGCAGUGGGACCCCACUUCCCACGGGCACGUUCUUAUCCACCCUCGGCCACUCAUCACCCCCUCCGCAUCCCCAGUGAGGUCGUCUGAGAAAAUGCACGGAGGAAGGACGAGACCAGGCCAAGGAGCGGCUCACCACCAAGCCAUGGCCUUGACCUCCAAAGGACAGCGAGGGACUUGCUCAGCCAAGAUGGAGAGGCCUCCUUGGCCUGCAGUUGGGGACCCAGGGUCCUAGGAGACCAGCGGGCUCCCCUGCCCAGGUCUUCAGGUGACACCAUCUCAACCCUGCAUCUUACCACUCCAUGGUGAGGGAGAUCUGGGGCAAGGACAGCUGAGUCCGACCCAGCGUGGAAAGGAGCCUUGUCCCAGGGCACGCAGCUCCCCAAGGGUGUCCUCGGGCCACCUUCCCUGCCAGCCCGCUGGAGCGCUGCAGAGUGACAGAUGUGCCCAGGACAAUGGCCCUACCUGCCACCUGUAUCAGCUGACCCCCGAGUCCCCCACAGUCAGAUUCCCCAAACUCGAGUCGUGUAUUUUAGAACUUUUGCCAUAUCAGUGUACCAUUGUACUAUUAAUGUGUACUUUCUUUAUGGUUUUCUUUAAAUUGGCUGACUAUUGGCUUAGUACCUUGACUUGAAAUAAAAGAAUCUUUUUUGGUA